ACAUGCGUGCACAGUUCCCUGUACAGCAGUAAUGCUGCACAUUAGCAUAAAUAAGCACCGUUUAUUUCACAUGUUUUCACCCUUACUGCCUGCUCUUUAGCUUUUAUUAAACUAUAAGCCGGCAGUGCUGGAAACAUGGCGGGAGUUAUCCGGAGGCUCGACGAGACUGUGGUCAACCGCAUCGCUGCGGGAGAAGUUAUCCAGCGUCCUGCCAACGCCAUCAAAGAAAUGAUUGAAAACUGUUUGGAUGCAAAGUCCACAAGCAUCCAGGUGACGGUGAAAGACGGCGGUAUGAAGCUCCUUCAAAUUCAGGACAACGGCACUGGCAUCAGGAAAGAGGACAUGGAAAUCGUUUGUGAGAGGUUCACCACGAGCAAACUCCAAACCUUUGAGGACCUUUCAACUAUUGCAACCUAUGGAUUCAGAGGAGAGGCCCUUGCUAGUAUCAGCCAUGUUGCCCAUGUGACCAUAACCACAAAAACAGCUGAUGCUAAGUGCGCUUACAGAGCCAGCUACAGUGAUGGCAAACUAAAAGGCCCUCCCAAACCCUGUGCCGGCAACCAGGGAACGCAGAUUCUUGUAGAGGACCUUUUCUAUAAUGUGUCCACCAGGAGAAAAGCUCUAAAGAGCCCGAGUGAUGAGUACUCCAGGAUUGUCGAAGUGGUCGGCAGGUACGCCAUACACAACUCAGGAAAAAGCUUCUCUGUCAAAAAGCAAGGAGAGACUGUUGCAGAUGUGAGGACUCUACCCAAUGCGUCUGUAGUGGAUAAUAUCCGAGGAAUUUUUGGCAACACAGUCAGCAGGGAGCUGAUCGAAGUUAGCUGUGAAGAUCAGAAGCUCGCUUAUAAGAUGAAAGGUUUCGUCUCGAAUGCAAACUACUCAGUCAAGAAAUGCAUCUUGAUCCUGUUCAUCAACCACCGUCUGGUGGAGUCGAGCGCGUUGAAGAAAGCGAUUGAGACGGUCUAUGCCGCAUACCUGCCCAAGAACACACACCCGUUCCUCUACCUCAGCUUAGAAAUCGCUCCGCAGAAUGUAGACGUCAAUGUUCAUCCCACUAAACACGAGGUGCACUUCUUGCAUGAGGACAGUGUCAUUGAGAGCAUUCAGAAGCACAUUGAGAGCAAACUCCUGGGCUCCAACUCCUCACGUACAUAUUUCACUCAGACGUUGCUGCCAGGACUGUCAGUCUCAGGUAACACUGAGGUUAAGGCCUCCGGCACCACAUCGGAGUCUAGCGAGCGAGUCUACGCACAUCAGAUGGUGAGGACCGACUGUCGCGCACAGAAGCUAGACGCCUUCCUGCGACCGAAAGAGAAGCUUCCCCCUAACCCCGAGCCUGCCGGUCCCAGCAGUGUGGAGAUUGUGACCAAAACCGUGCAGCCAGACAGCAUAGAGAUGGACGAUGCAGACGACUCAGACAUGCUGGAGGCGCUCGCUGAGCAGGAAGCAGGGCUGCCAAAGGGCGAGGAAGAAAGCAGCGUCGGUGCACUUGAUAAUCAGAGGAAGAGGCCGAGGACGGAGCAGAAAGAGCAGCAGCAGCAGCAGCAGGAAGAAGGCGAGGACCUGACGGCUGCAGCCACGCCCAAGAGACGAGUGAUCAAACUGACCAGCAUCAAAGACCUGAGAGCUGAGAUCGCCGAGAACGCACACAAAGGUCUUCAAGAAAUGAUGCAGAACCACUCGUUCGUGGGCUGCAUCAACCCCCAGUGGUCUCUGGUGCAACAUCACACUAAACUCUACUUGCUCAACACCACCAAACUCAGCCAGGAGCUUUUCUACCAAAUACUCAUUUAUGACUUUGGAAACUUCGGUGUACUCAGACUAUCUACCCCAGCACCACUUUAUGAUUUGGCCAUGCUGGCUUUGGACUCAGAGGAGAGUGGCUGGACAGAAGAGGAUGGGCCUAAAGAGGGCCUGGCUCAGUACAUAGUUGACUUCCUGAAAAAGAAAGCUGAGAUGCUAGAGGACUACUUCUCCGUGGAGAUAGACCAGGAAGGAAACCUCAUAGGACUGCCGCUACUCCUCGACAAGUACACCCCAGUCAUGGAGGGUCUCCCCAUGUUCAUCCUGCGCCUGGCCACUGAGGUGAACUGGGACGGUGAAAAGGAAUGUUUCAGAGACUUCAGCAAAGAGUGCAGCAUGUUCUACUCCAUCAGGAAGCAGUACAUCCUGGAGGCCGAGCCAGGAGAGGAGCAGGGCGCUGAGGUGAACGCUUGGCGGUGGAAAGUCGAGCACGUCAUCUUCAAAGCUUUCCGAACCCUCCUCAGUCCUCCGAAGAGCUUCAGUGAGGACGGAACUGUGCUGCAGAUCGCCAACUUACCCGAUCUCUACAAAGUGUUUGAGAGGUGCUGAAACUGUUCAAGUAUGAUCGAAUAUAUAAGCUGCUCUUUUUUUUGUUUUAUAUAACG